AAGUUGAUUAAAAAAUCUAAUUUAGUGACAGAAAUUAGUUAAAAAAUACAAUGUCUGCUGCAAAAAGAGUGCAGCAAUGGGCCACCUUCGCUCGUACUUGGCACAUAUUUGACUGCAAAUGGCAAGAUCCUUAUGAAUCGGCUAAUGUAAUUAAGAAGUACUUGAUGGGAUUACACAAACCCAUCUAUCAUCCUAUGAAUGACUGUGGAGAUGUAGUGGUCUGUAUCAAUAGCCGAGAAAUUGCUUUGAGAGGAGAUGAGUGGCGUAAAAGAGCGUAUUUCCACCAUACUGGGUACCCUGGUGGAGCUUCUUGGACAUUAGCUUGGGAACUACAUAACAAAGAUCCGACAAUGAUUAUCAAAAAAGCUGUGUACAGAGCAAUGAAAGGCAAUCUCCAAAGACGUCACACGAUGGAACGCCUCCUUAUAUACCCUGGUGAGACUGUGCCCGAGGAUGUCCUACAAAAUGUCACCAGUCAGAUUCGUCAAAACCGCCUUGUGCCAACCCGACUUGAUCAUAUUCCUGAGGAAGUCAGCAAGGGUUACCCCAAAGUUAUGGAUUACCCAGAGGACUAUAUACUGAAAUAAAUAGCUUAUUGUGUUAUGUAAAUAUAAGUAGAUAAGAUUAGAUUGUUAAUAAAUUAAAUGUGGAUGAAAUUAA